AUGAAUCUCAUCAAAUUCCUCUCUAGCUCUCUUUCCUUGUUUCUUCUACUUUCAGUUUUCAUCUCAGAUGGCGUUUACACCGUGUAUUCAUCAAGAAACCUGCUUCAGGCCGGAAAAACUCCAUGUCCAAUAAACUUUAAGUUUAUGAACUACACGAUCAUUAUAAACAGCCGAUGCAAAGGUCCCCAUUUCCCACACGUGGAAUGUUGUGCUGCCUUCAGGGACUUCGCGUGUCCAUACAGAAACCUCGUAAACGACGAGAGCACCGAUUGUCUAACCCUUAUGCUCAGCAACAUCAGACUCUAUGGUCGAUACCCGGUUGGACUGUUUUCAAGCUACUGCCUACAAGGCAAACAACAUCUCGAUUGCCCGGGUCAAGCAUGA